AUAUAGAGAGAGAGGAGAGAGACAGGGAGAGAGUGAAAAAUAAUACACAUAGAUUGUCGAUUGCACUUCAAUGUAUAAUUCCUGGAAGAAUGUAAACAAAGUAAAUUGGUAAAGUAAUUACAAGGGAUUCUCAGUUUAUUUGCUCUCUUUAUCGUACAUACCAUAUACAAAUAUACGUAUGUAUGUAUUUAUUUAUACGUAGCACAGUUGUAAUUACAACAAAAUAUACAAAUAUAUAUCGCCAUUGAAGCAGCCGUUUUACUCUUUACUGACUCUCCAGCAGAGAUGGUAAAUAUGGCAUCUGAACUUGUUAAUUCUGCAACAAAUGAUAAACUUACUGAAAUGGAUUGGAUGAAAAACAUUGAGAUUUGUGAAUUAGUUGCACGUGAUCACAGACAAGCGAAAGAUGUCAUAAAAGCUAUAAAAAAACGCUUGGGAAGCAAACACUCAAACACAAAACUAUUUGCAGUAAUGUUGCUGGAGAUGUUGAUGAAUAAUAUUGGAGAACCCGUUCAUAAGCAGGUUACAGAAACAGGAAUUCUUCCCAUACUUGUGAAAAUAGUUAAGAAGAAGUCAGACCUUCCUGUUCGGGAAAAGAUUUUUCUUCUUUUAGAUGCAGCUCAGACAUCUGUAGGUGGAGCUUCUGGGAGGUUCCCUCAAUAUUAUUCUGCAUAUUAUGAAUUGGUGAGUGCAGGAGUACAAUUUUCUCAGAGGCCUCGUGAUAUCCCAAAACCUCAUGCUACAUCAAACAACAAUGAGAAUAAUUUACUUGAUAAGGAAUUUGCUAAUACUCAAUGUGAAAGAAGUGCACCACAGACCCAGCCUCAGAAGGUUUCUGAAGACAGUAUUCUUGAGAAAGCUGGCAGUGCACUGGAGGUCUUGGAGGAUGUGCUUAAUGCUGUUGAUGCUCAACAUCCUGAGGGAGCGAAAGACGAGUUCACACUUGAUCUUGUGGAACAAUGUUCUUUCCAAAAGCAACGAAUAAUGCAACUUGCAAUGACUUCUCGGGAUGAAAAGAUAGUCUCUAGUGCGAUUGAGCUUAAUGAGAAGCUUGAAAGAGUUUUGCAUAGGCACGAUGCACUUGUUUCUGGUAGGACAAUGUCCAUAUCGAGUCAUAUUGAACAUGAACGGACGAUGUCCAUAUCAAGGCAUAUUGACCGAGAACAGGCAGAGGAAGAGGAGGCUGAACAACUUUUCCGAAGGAUAAGAAAAGGGAAAGCUUGUCUACGACCAGAAGAUGAAGGCUGCCAACUAGAGCGGCCAUUGGGUUUGCUGGGAUGUCCUGUUCCUGCGGAGAUGCUUCAUCGCCCACUCAUUCGACCACUAACUGUGGAGCCAAAGCAACAACCCGUUUGGCCACUAAUUAUGGAGCCAAAGCAUGUGCGGCCACCAACUAUGGAGCUUGAUCAAGAAGCUACUGUAGGUCGACCAGCAGUUGUGAUUCCACCACCACCUGCUAAACAUGUUGAGAGAGAGAGAUUUUUUAAGGAGAAAAAGUCGGAUGUUUCUUCGCUUGAUGGGCAUAUGAGGAGUCUCUCGCUACACAUCCGAAAUGCCAGCAGCUCUCUCAGUGGAAGUAUGGAUUAUAGUGACUGAGCGAAGUAAGUUUUUUGCGAGAAAAAUGCUUUUAUAAGGUUGAAGGCCAUCGAAUUUUAAAUACAUGGAGGUUCAAGGUUUUUGAAGUUGCAAUUCCUUAGAUUGCUGAUAUGAUGAGGAUUUGAUAGCUCAGUGCUGAGAUGAUAGGUGUGAUUUAAAAGGUACAUAGUGUUUUUAUCAAGACCGUGAAUGCUGAAUUUGUAUUUUAAGUUGCAUGAAUUUUCAUUUCAAACUUUAUUGUUAUACUAAAUUACUGGAUCCAUGUUUUAUCCUUUUAAUAAAGUUGUUCUUGUCUCCGCCCAUA